AGAGAGUGUGUGUGUUUAGUAGAGAGAGAGAGAGGAAAAAUAUGGCGUCGUCGACGAUGGGGGCUGUCACAGGCGCUGGUAGCCGGAGCCCCGGCAGCCCAACACCAGCAACAGGCAGCAGCAGCAGAGCGGAGAUGGUCCAUUCUCAAUAACAACAAUUGCGCCUUCUCGAGGAGGAUGAAAGCAGUAUUGCAGACCACCAUCUCUAAUAGCCGGGGGAGGAGGCCAUGGUCCUCGCGGGUGGUGGUGAGAGCGGCUGCGGUUGAGACGCUGGACGUGACGAGCACGAUCGCAUUGAUAGAGAAGUCGAUCAACACCAUCAGAUUCCUCGCGAUAGAUGCGGUGGAGAAGGCGAACUCCGGGCACCCUGGUCUCCCCAUGGGGUGUGCCCCCAUGGGCCACAUCCUCUACGACGAGGUGAUGCGCUACAACCCGAAGAACCCCUACUGGUUCAACCGUGACCGGUUCGUGCUCUCGGCAGGCCAUGGAUGCAUGCUCCAGUAUGCUCUCCUCCACCUUGCUGGCUAUGACAGCGUCAAGGAAGAAGAUUUGAAAUCUUUUAGGCAGUGGGGUAGCAAAACCCCUGGGCAUCCUGAGAACUUUGAGACCCGUGGUAUUGAAGUCACAACUGGUCCUUUGGGCCAAGGAAUUGCAAAUGCUGUCGGUUUGGCUCUUGCUGAGAAACACUUAGCUGCCAGAUACAACAAGCCUGGUUUUGAGGUUGUCGAUCACUACACGUACUGCAUUCUCGGGGAUGGAUGUCAAAUGGAGGGUAUCUCUAAUGAGGCUUGCUCCCUAGCUGGGCACUGGGGUCUCGGUAAGCUCAUUGCUUUUUAUGAUGAUAACCACAUCUCAAUUGAUGGUGAUACUGAAAUUGCCUUCACUGAGAGUGUUGAUACCCGUUUUGAGGGCCUUGGUUGGCACGUUAUCUGGGUUAAGAAUGGUAACACUGGCUACGAUGAGAUCCGUGCUGCCAUUGAAGAGGCUAAGGCUGUCAAAGACAAGCCCACUCUCAUCAAGGUGACCACCACCAUCGGCUAUGGGUCCCCGAACAAGGCCAAUUCAUACAGUGUUCAUGGAAGCGCCUUGGGAGCCAAGGAGGUGGAUGCCACCCGACAGAACCUUGGAUGGCCAUAUGAGCCCUUCCAUGUCCCGGAUGAUGUCAAGAGUCAUUGGAGCCGGCAUGUUCCCGAAGGUGCUUCCCUGGAAGCAGAAUGGCAAGCCAAAUUGGCCGAUUAUGAAAAGAAGUACAAGGAGGAAGCUGCAGAAUUCAAGGAACUCAUCUCUGGUAAAUGGCCUGAUGGGUGGGAGAAGGCUCUUCCGGCGUACACCCCUGAGAGCCCUGCUGAUGCCACCAGAAACCUAUCCCAACAAUGCCUCAAUGCGCUCGCAAAGGUUCUCCCAGGACUCCUUGGUGGCAGUGCGGAUCUUGCCUCUUCAAACAUGACAUUGUUGAAGAUGUUUGGGGACUUCCAAAAAGACACCCCUGAGCAGCGGAAUGUGCGGUUCGGUGUGAGGGAGCAUGCCAUGGGUUCCAUUUGCAAUGGGAUCGCCCUUCACGGCAGUGGCCUCAUCCCUUACUGUGCUACCUUCUUUGUUUUCACAGAUUACAUGAGGGCUGCCAUGAGGAUAUCUGCUCUGUGUGAAGCCGGUGUCAUUUACGUGAUGACCCACGAUUCCAUUGGGCUCGGAGAGGAUGGCCCCACCCAUCAGCCCAUUGAGCAUCUUGCAAGCUUCAGGGCCAUGCCCAACAUCCUGAUGCUCCGCCCGGGCGACGGCAACGAGACUGCCGGUGCUUACAAGGUCGCGAUCCUCAACAGGAAGAGACCCUCAGUGCUCGCUCUCUCUCGCCAAAAGCUCCCUCAGCUGGCAGGCACAACAAUAGAGGGAGUUGAGAAGGGAGGGUACAUAGUCAGCGACAACUCAAUGAGAAACAAGCCCGACCUCAUCCUUAUCGGCACUGGUUCCGAGCUGGAGAUCGCUGUAAAGGCAGCAAAUGUGAUCAGGAAGGAAGGGAAGGCAGUUAGGGUCGUGUCCUUAGUGUCAUGGGAACUGUUUGAUGAGCAGUCCGACGAGUACAAGGAGAGUGUCCUCCCUGCUGGGGUGUCAGCGAGAGUCAGUGUGGAGGCAGGGUCAACAUUUGGGUGGGAAAAGAUUGUGGGGAGCAAGGGGAAGAGUAUCGGGAUUGACCGAUUUGGUGCCAGUGCUCCUGCCGGAACCCUGUACAAGGAGUUUGGCAUUACCAUGGACAAUGUCAUUGCAGCUGCCAAAACACUUUUGUAAUCUCUCCAUGCUUCUAUUCCUCGAAGCUUACGCUGCUAUCAUCGAGUAUGCAUUAUCCACAGACUAUUUUGGUUACAUAUGUGGAGAGACAGACAAUGCCACCAAGAGAUUUGAGGCAGACAUCUCCAAGUGUGAUAAGAAACAUUCUUUCCUUCCUUUCUUUUUUCUCUUUUGUGGUGUGGACCCUAUAUCAGCUCUCAUUAUAAAGCUUGUGGUUCUGGGUAUUUUCUGUUAAACCUCUUUUUCCUUCAAAGUAAUCCAUGAUCGAAA